GUAGAAAAAAAAUCUUACAUUUGGCGAGUACCGAUCGUAUUGUUUUUUAUGGCGCUAACAAUGUGUUUAUUGUUGAUAGUUGAAUUCCACUUCGCGUGACAGGACGAAAAUUGCGUCGGCUGCAAAAUCAACAAAUGUGCUCUGAUUUAUUAUAUCUUGAACACCAGAAUUGGAAUGAAGGUCGAAUUACGGUCGUCAAGAAGUAAAUAAUGGCUGCAGCUGUGAGGAUUCGCGUUGCCCAGUUGGUUCAAAAGCACGCUUUUUCACUAUUGACACAACCCAGGUGCUUGGCAGCUACUCAGAAACUAUGUUUUCACAAUUCUUACUUGCUAUGUGUUGCUGGGCAAGAAAUCAAGAUGCCUUCACUUUCCCCUACCAUGUCAGAAGGGACAAUUGUGAAAUGGUUGAAGAAGGAAGGAGAUGUUGUUCAGCCAGGUGACGUUCUCUGUGACAUACAGACUGACAAAGCUGUUGUCUCAUUUGAAACUGAAGAAGAGGGCGUCCUUGCAAAAAUCCUGGUUCCAGAGAACACAGCUGAUGUCAAGGUGGGGACGCUGAUAGCUCUGAUGGUGGCUCAGGGAGAGGACUGGAAGUCUGUGGAAGUGCCGGCUUCGGCUGGGGCACCGCCCCCUGGCCCUGCUCCUGCUCCUGCUCCAUCUGCCCCAACUGCCCCACCCCCGGCUCCUUCUGUCGCUGCGAAACCUGGCCACCCAGAAACACCACACAACAUUGGUCCCGCUGUUAGACUCCUUCUAGAGCAAUACAGUCUGCAGCCAUCAGACAUACCUGGAACUGGCAGAGGAGGGAAGGUGCUCAAGGGCGAUGUCCUCGAAUUUGUCAAAAAGAACGCACUGAAGCCAAAGCCACCAAAGCAAGUUCCUCCACCUCAGGCGGCCAAAGCACCUUCGCCAGGUGCUGUGCAAAAACCAGCUGCGGGAGCAGCAGCGAAAGUUAAGCCCCCGGGCGCAAAGUUCUCAGAUCUUGAGCUGACUAACAUGCGCCGCACCAUCGCAAAGAGGCUGACACAAUCCAAGUCAACAAUACCACAUGCCUAUGGCAGCGUCAAAUGUACAAUAGACAAAAUAUUAGCUUUAAGGAAGCAGUUGAAAUCAGAUGGUAUAUCUGUAUCUGUGAAUGACUUUGUUGUGAAAGCUGUUGCAAAUGCAUUGCUCCAGUAUCCUGAAGUUAAUGUACAUUGGAUUGAUGGAAAGAUAGUUCAUAUUCCAACUGUGGAUGUAUCAAUAGCAGUUGCCACAGAUGCUGGUUUGAUCACACCCAUAGUGAAAAAUGCAGCAGGCAAGGGUAUCGAAACGAUCUCAACAGAAAUACGCAAACUGGCAGAAAAAGCACGAUCUGGGAAACUCCAGCCUCAUGAAUUCCAAGGAGGAAGCUUCACGGUAUCCAAUUUGGGCAUGUUUGGCGUUGGAGAGUUCAGUGCUAUCAUCAAUCCCCCACAGUGUGCCAUUCUUGCAGUCGGAGGUGGGAAACAAGUAAUAAACUCUGAAGGACGACCGGAGACCCGCAUGGUGGCAACACUGUCGUAUGAUAACCGUGCCAUUGAGGAUACAGUGGCAGCUCAGUUUCUGCGUGCUGUUGGUGAUUCUCUUGAUGAUCCAAAUAUGCUGCUACUUGGUAGUGCCCCAGGACUUCGUUCUGAACUCAGUUCGUGAGAGAGAGAAAGAGAGAGAGGCAUGAUUUUCAAAGUAGGCAUUUUCAGGGAGACAGAAGAAUGAACUUUGAAGACCAUUACUCUUCGACUAGUGAAAUCCUUACGAACAGUUGUUAAAAACCGUAAGAUGUUGUUGAAUAUGUUGUAAGCAUUUUGUUAAAUGGAGAUAUAUUUAUUUUAAUGUUUUGUGUGACAGUGUCCUUGUUCAUGUUGUAUAUGAAACAAUAUGCACUGCCUAUGUAUGUUGAUUUAUUUGAUUGAUUGAUUCCAGAAACAAGAAGGUUCUGUAGACACUGUGUAGACUGUGUAAUGUACAUAAGAAAUAAUUCGUGUGACUGAACUGUUGUUUGUGAAUCUUUGAACAUGCAUUUGUUGCUUGUGUAACUUAUUCAAAAUUUUGUUGUUAUGAAUGCUAGAUUUAUUUUAUUGCUCAAAUUGGUACCUGAGCAAGCAGUUUGUAUACUUUCUAGGUCUGUAGAAUGUGAUAACUGUACAAACGUAUUAAAAAAAAUUAAUAGUUCAUGAUGAGCAAAUGUAAGUAUUAAGACUUAGCUAUAUGUAACGUGAAGUACCUCUGCUCUAAACACUGCCAAGCAACUGGAAGUGCCAACAACAUCUGGAAUCCAAUCCUGUACUGACAAUACAUAUUAUGAAACCUUAAGGUCUUGUUCAUGAAGAUUAUGUUUCAAGCCUCAAUAUAAUUACCAUGGAAAUGGCGAAUCCGCAUGAAAAUGGAUUGAGUGUAAACUUUUUUCCUGUUUUGUAAUAGAAUGAGAGUUGCAUAGAGGAAAAUAAUAUCUCUGUAUAAUUCCCACUGCAUCUGAGUUUCCCCUAUGGGAACGCUCAACAGAUACCAUUUUGAAUAAAAUGGUGACUUUACCUGUCAUUGCUGUACUUCACAAUCUACACUCCAAUGCCGAACCUGAAGUUUUCCCUUGUGAAAUAAGUGUGGUAUAAGUGAAAAGCACUAGUGCCAGUUGGUCAGUGUUGGGAGGAAGGAACCCAAGUGUAUAAUUAUUACUUGUAGAAUGUGGGACAAACAUGAUUACAUUAAGACAGAUUACUACAAAAUAUAUCCAAACCCUUAUAUACUCAAAGAUUGUCAUAAACAGUAUUUCUGGAUGGGCAGUGAUCCCAAAAGCUGUUUUGUGUUUCAAAGAGACAACAUAAUCAUUCUUGCUGAUGGGUACAUGUGAAAUUUCUUUAUUUAGUAUCAGUUACUGAUGGCUCGAUUUAUUGCUUGACCUGGUUGUCCAUGAUGGUAGUGAACCAAAAUUUAAUCAGCAGUAACUGUAUCCCUAGGAUCCACUUAUGUUGUCAACAUUUUGCCAACUUUCAAAUUAUCAUGGCUCUUGCAGCCUAUUGAUCCAGAUGUUGUGUGCAGCUCACAGACUGCUGUUUUUUGGAGUAUUUGAUAAUUCUGGCUGGCAUGAGAGAGACUUCUGUAAAUGCAUUGUAUAGCUAGAUAAUGCAUCAUUUUGCUAACUGCUCUCCAAAUUAUGUAAAGAGUACUCUCAACUUUCAGUACAGCAAUUCCAUAUUAAUUUUUACACACAGAUGACUUUUAUAAUGCAUCUGCAUCUUCCACAUUACAUGCAUUCAGUUCUCUCAUGGAUAGCUUUUGUUGCCUCCCUUGUGAUGAACAAUUCAUUCCCUUUCAGCACGUAUUCAGCUCUGGUAAUUAAGUCCUGAGAAAGGACCUUCUGUACACAGUUAAUCUGUGUAUAGAGUUGUAGAUGCAGUUUGUAGUAGCCUUUGUUUUCUCUGACAACAAGAGGAACACAGAAAAGUUUUAUGAAUUUUUAUCCAGCUGUUUAGCAAACCAAUAGUAGAAGAACUAAAUGCAACCAUUCACUGUACAGUUGAGGCAUUGAGCAGAUGAUAGACGCAUUAAUGUUGUUGAAAAUGUUGAUGGUUUUCAGAGUGUGUCCUCCUUCAGAGCUAACCCCCCCCCCCCCCUCCACACACACACACACACACACACACACACACACACAUGCGUUAUACCAGCAGACUACAUUGUGCUGGCACUGCAGUAUGUUUUCUCCUGUAAAAGGCAGGGUAACCUGCAAAGGUAGUCAUGUCAUGAAAACAGUUAUACUGCAACUUUUUCACAGCCUUUUCACUUGACACUUCCAUCGACCAGGUGUCUGCCCAAGUGGAUGGGCACCAUCAAACUGUGGCUUAGAGAAGAGUUUGCCACACGGUGGGGGAGCAUGAUGAGACUUCAGUGAUGGGUUAAAAAUGUGUUCCAUUUGGAUCCUCUGUUCCAACACAACUUCUCCGAAGCAUGUAGAUGGGAACUGUCCACACAACUUCUCUGAAGUAUGUAGGUGGGAACUGUCCAUACAACCACUCCUGUCCACAAUCUUCAGUGAUUCAUUCCAUCCACCUAACCCCACAAACCAGUCAAGUUAGUGAUAGGACAAUGUAUUCAACUGGGACAAUGUGUUGUGUGUGUGUGUGUGUGUGUGUGUGUGUGUGUGUGUGUGUGUGUGUGUGUGUGUGUGUGUGUAAGUUACUGCUGGAGAAGGAUAUAAAGACCAGCAACACCUCAACUUCAUGAAGAGUGGUUACUUUUACUCCUUCCAUUAUUUGUAUCCCAUCUAGAACUUUGCAUUAUAACAAGUUUUUUUCUGUGGUUUUUUCACAUUGUGACAUUUAUUGAAUUGUAGAUAUUUGUGUUCAUAGCCUAACUUCAGUUUCUUGUGAUUUCUAAAAAAAACAUCCGAUUUGUAUAUUGCAACUAGGAAGGUAAACAGUGUACUGUAAGUACAAUCAUAUUUCUUACUCACUAAUGAACUGAUGGUUUCUCCAUGCUCUGAACUUCUUGAUCCAUGUUCUCUCUUGGAUAAAUAGAAACUGAUAGAACCUAAUACCUGACUUCUUUCUCCUGUCCAUCUUUUACAGUUCCUUUAAUUUAGCCCCGUAAUCAAGUUUCCUGAUGUGCAUAUACAAGCUGAAUUGCAUAAAGUGUAAUUAUAAAACCCUUGUCACUGUGUCACCUGUGAUAGAUGCCAUUUGUAAAUGAAUCUUUGUAGCUUUAGAGGCCAUGUAGGUGAGAUUUAUUAUGGCUUAUGAAAGAUUCAUUCUGUUUUAAUGAAGGAAUAUUUGAAGUUGUGUUUGCACCAACAGUUAGUUGUAAACAUUGAAUUUUCAAGGAGUGUUGCAUUGCAGCUCUUUGGAAGCCAUAUAUUUAAGAAAUUUUACAAAAAAUAUUUGAGAACACAUGAUUAAGCAUUUUAGGUUUUGUGUGGUCUUAGUGAUUAAAAUAAUUAACAAUACUCAGUAAUCUUAUCCUUCUUUUUAUGAGUUCCACUGUUGGCUUCAACACGCAUAAAGUCUCACCACCAUAGCAUAUUGGACCAUUAGAGAUUAUUCUGCAGCCUUUUGUUGAGUUCAAUAUUCUUGUUAUUGUCAUCAGAAACAGGCACACACAAAUCACAAAAAAAUUUGCUUUCACAAGCACAGCUUCCUUCAACUAGCAAGACUGAGUUUUAUUUGUCCCCGUACAGAAUUAAGAUUGAUUAUGUCGGUGGUCAGUGGAUUUAACCAUUACAGCCAAUGUAUCAGUUAUGAAAUUAUUGUUGACAUAUUUCACUGUUUGAAUGUGCAGGAGUCUGUCAUACAUAAAAGAUCAUGCCAUGUCAUGUAACUGUAGCAAGUAAACAAAAUAAUUAUCUUGCAAGAAAUGUUCAUAUGCAGAUCGUCGUGACUCACAGCAGUAAGAAAACAGAUGAUGUUGCAGGUUAUUGCUGUACCAUUUGUGUUUAUGAAGAGUUUGUGCCUGCUGGAAUAGUGGUGCAUUUUGAUACUAUUUAAGAUGCUGUAUUGUUCCUGUCACCUAGGUGCCUUCUCCCACAUUCCUUCUUCAAAGAGAAGCUCAGUACAGACUAUUAAGCUCAGUACAUACUAUUCAUUUUCUUUGAGUGUAUGAUGAAUUUCUGUUUCUCAUAGUGAAGCUCAGAAUGUUAGCAAACUGUCUUUGUCAUCCACACAUACAGUCAGCUGUACAAUGCAUUGCUCAAACACAUCUGUAUGAAAUACAAAUUUUUGUGCUAGUCAUAUGUUACAAUUUUGUAUACACUUUACAGAUUCAUGUGCAAAUUCAUUUAUUGGCUUCAAACAACUGUUGAAAAAACACUUACCCUUCAAAAUUGUAUACAUCUUUAAAUACUCCCCUUCUAACUGCAACCCCCCCUCCCCCCUUACACACUCUCUCUCUCUCUCUCUCUCUCUCCUCUCCCUCUCUCUCAUCUCUCUGUACAAUACUAUUUUAUGAUGGUGGAAUAUUGCCAAAACAUGGGUCAAUUCAGUGUAUCCUUUUUGUUAGCCUAAACUUCAUUUUAAAAUAGUAGUGUUGAUCUGUAUAUUUUGAAUUUUUCAUACAUACAGUUGAAUCCUAAAUUCUAGUCAAAUUAUUUAUUGCGAAAGCCAUGUUACAUUAAAAUAUUAAUGUUUAUACUUUUUAAAGGGACUGGGGUAUUAAUUUGCAGUAAUUUUAUAAUUCACUUUUGUAAGCAGUUGAAAUUAUUUUUUCAGCUUCUCAUUGUGAUGUCUUUGAUCUGGCUUUUCAUAAAUGCUAUAUAAAACAUACAACUGAAAGCAGAUGUUUAUAUUGGAAAUGAACUAAUAAAUUUACAACUUAAAAUUCAGCAGUAGAGAAUACAAAUAGUCAACUCAGACCUGUGCCUCUUUAGCUUUUACUUUUUUUUUGUUCUCUGUUGAUUCAUAGAAAUGUCUGGGUUUGUCAUUCAUUUAUUUUUCAAUUUCACUGGUAAAUAGAUAACUCCACAUGUUCAUUGCAUAGUAGAAUAUCCUUGCUUUCCAAAAAUAUCCCAAAAGACAUAAAACACGGUGACAGAAGUACAAACUAAUUAAUGUAUGUAAUUGAAAUUGCAGUCUUUUAGAGCAGUAUGGCAAAUUUAAGCAAGGAGUGACAAAGGUUAAUUUAUGCAUUUGGUCCUUGAGAUUUGUAACUACCCAGUGUAUGAAUGUUGUGGGACCAUUCCUGAAAAACUAUACAUUUUUUAUACUAGCACUACAUUUUCCAACAAGAAAUAAUAGUAUGCAAUAUUGCUUUAUUCACAACUCUUCAAAGGGUGACACAAUUAGUGAAGUCCUUGUUGGUUUGUUCUUUCCUUUACUGUAAUUAUACUUUUUCUGUAAGAUGAUUAAUGCUUCACAGUUUUGUGGAAAUAUUAUUCCUUAUUUCAAUACCAAGUUGAUAUUUCCAAAUACUUAGUCCAUUAGUUGUUACAUGUGACAGUUUCUGUGUAUUCUCAUUUUGAAACCUGUUCUCAAUUUAAAGUCAGUGCAAGUAUUCCAUUUUAUGUUUUGUUGCAUCAUAAUGCCAGGAAAUAUUGUAUUCUCUGAUAAUUUUUUGUCCAUUAGUUUAAUAGGGAGUUUAGCUGGUGUCUUUUUGUUAAAAUUAAAGUGUUUCAUCUAACUGCACUACUGUAUACUCUGUAUCAGCUUUAAUGGAUUUUCAAAUAUUUCUCUGAUAUUUUCUGUAAUUUAAGACAUGGGUUUCUUCUGCAGCUUGGAAUAUUUUUCAUUCUACCAUUAUUUUUGUUUAAAUAAUUUAUGUACGUAGAGGCAGAAUUGGGCCAAUAUGGAACCUUGAGGGACAUUUUUUGACAGCUAAUAAAUCAGACUAGUGGGUGAUUAA